AUGGACACUUAUGAAGAUAAAACUACUGAACAUGCAUCUUUUAAAAGUGCCGAUAUUAAAGAAUCUUCGGAAGAUUUUUUAAAAAAUGUUUAUCAUAAUAUGCCGAAUUGGUUGCAAGUCUUUGGGAAUUAUAUUUAUGAAUUGGCCUCCAAAUACCAAAUUUUAUCAGAUUUUUCAAUAUCUUUCGCAUUAUUCUUCACGCUUCCUUUUGUUCUCUUUUUACUUUGGUCAAUUGGUUCCCUUGUUUCUACAAUUAUUAUUUGGGCAGUCGCCUAUACAGCAAUGAAUGGGUUAACAAUAGGUUUAGGUAUUCUAGUACUUAUACCAAUUUUUUUUAUCGCGACCAUAAGUGCCGCAAUUGUUACGUUCAUUAUUACUUCUGGUCGUCUUACACUUUUGGCGGUAACAAGAACAAAGAAAUCAAUCGAAGAAUAUGGAGAAAAUGUUGACAUGUUUUGGAAACCUGAUGGAAGUCUUGUCAUUGUUCAAACAAGUCAAAAUUGUUUAUUCACAUAUUCCGUACUUCCUUUUGAUGAUAAAAGUUAUAAAUAUCAAUUUGGACAAAUAUCGCAUCAUUAUGUUACGGGAGCAGGAGAAGGAAAUGGGAUCAAAACAUUUUUAUUAAAGUUUAGGAUGACCAUUAGAAUAGAUGCUGGAAUGGAGGCUGGAAUAGGGACUGAUGAAUAUUUAAUUGUUACAACCAAAACCCCACCAGCAAUUCAAUGUAUACCAUGGCAUAGUGAACCUACUUCUACAAAAACAAAUAUAUUAGCUCGAUUAGAAUUUUUAGAAUCAAAAAAAGCUAGUAUAAGUCAUAUGGUGUAUGAUCGUCGAAUAAAUCUUUAUGGAUGGAUUACUACUGAUGGCAAAGCUUAUGCUGUUCAAUUUAUUGAACAUCGACCUUCUAUUGAAAAUAAUAACAAAACCUCACCAUUAUAUUGGAUGGGAUAUUGUUUUCAUGCCUGUGGUAGUGAAAUAGAAAAAUCACCGGAAAUUAAAGCUAGACCUGUUACAUCGUUAGCCUGGACAUCCGACGGUCAUGCUAUUGCUGUAGGAUGGCAAAAUGAAGGAAUGGCUGUUUGGAGUGUUUAUGGUAGAUUAUUGAUGACAACCAUUAGAGAUGAUGGCCUACAAUCAAUGUCAAAUACGCGAGAUUUAUUUUUACGUGGUGUUACUGAUAUGUUCUGGAGUUCAGGAAAUUGUGAACUCUUUAUUUUGCACAAAGGUCAAUUGUAUGCUCUCCCAUUUGCAAAAUCAGCUACCACGACAGUUCAUAGUCCAGAUAAUGCCAAAAGAGGAUUUUUACAAAUGGAUGAUCGUCUCUUACUUUAUCGUGGUGGUGAUCAAGAAGAAGAUUUAAGCACAAUUAAUCCUGAUACUAUCGUCUGGCAACAUAUUCCUAUACCAAUCAUGUAUAUCAGUGAUAAUUGGCCUAUAAAGUAUUCCUCAAUAAGUGGAGACGGAAGAUAUAUCGCAAUUGCUGGACGACGUGGAUUAGCUCAUUAUAAUGUUUAUUCGGGACGUUGGAAAUUAUUUGGUAAUCAACAACAGGAACAAGAAUUUGCAGUUCGUGGUGGAUUAUUGUGGUUUAAACAGAUUUUGGUCGUUGCUUGUGAAAACAUUCGAAUGUAUUCACGAGAAACAAAAUUAGAUAAUAUUUAUAUGAUACAAAAUAUUCCAAUACCCAAUCAUAUAUUAUAUUUAAGUAUAGUUGGUAAUGCGUUACUUGUUUAUUGUGCAGAUAACAUGAUGUAUCAUUACCUUAUGACUUCACCAUUAUCAUCAACGGCACUAUCACAAGAUAAUAAUAAUAUUGAUGGGGUUGUUGGUAAUGGAAAUUUAAAAUCAUUACAGAUUGAAUUAUGUCAACAAAUUUCUUUUGUUGGAGUAAUAAAUGCUCCAGCUAGAGUUAGAUCUAUUUCUUGUGAUGAAGGAGAAGUACAAUAUGAUUUACACAUUCUUGCUGACAAAAUUGAAUUUUAUUGGAUGUCUACACGUGGGGUAGGCAGUUUAAAAAAUUCUUUAUGGGCAUGUGACGGUCAAGGAGUUAAGAUAUGGAUGAAUAUAUGGUCAAAUGAAGAAUCUGCAAGAGACUGGCAAAAUGACGUUUUACUUUCUUCUACCAAAGAAACGGUUUUACUUGAUAAGGGUAUAAUUGUUGGUGUCCAGCAACAAACAUCUAUUCGACAAUCCCUUGAAUUUACAGUUUUUAAAUUAAUGACCAAUACACAUUUAUUCUUACAACAUAUAUUGAGAUAUAUGUUAACUAAAGAAUUUGAGAUAGAAGCAGUUCUCUUUGCAAUGAGUUAUCAAAAAUUAGUAUAUUUUGGGCAUGCAUUAGAAAUGCUCUUACAUCAGGUUUUAGAAGAUGAAGCUGAACUUUCUGUGGGAACAGCAAGAUGGGCAGUUUUACCACGUGUUGUUAAAUUUCUUAAUAAUUUUCCUCACGCACUUGAUGCUAUUGUGGGUUGCGCACGUAAAACUGAGGUUGCAUUAUGGGAUUAUUUAUUUUCUAUUGUCGGUAGUCCAAAAGAUUUAUUUGAGAAAUGUAUGUCUACUGGAUUACUUAAAACGGCUACCUCAUAUUUAUUGGUUCUUCACACAUUAGAACCAUCAUCUGAUAAUAGCAAGGAUACUAUUCGAUUGUUAUCUAAAGCCAUGGAAUCAGAAGAUUAUGAAUCUAGCAAUACAUCGUUUGAAAAUGAAGAAGAAGUUUAUAUUACAAAAAAUACAUCUGUUGAAACUAUAUUACAUUCUUUAACUCCUAUUGGGUAUUUACCAACAAGUAUAAAUG